CACUCUUCCAUUCUCAGGACAAGACAACAAAGACGAGUCUUUGGAAACAUGUCACCAAUCAAUAAUGUCGCCGUCAUUGGCGCAUCUGGUAAUUUCGGCACUCCCAUCACCCAGGCUCUACAAGCUUCUGGCUUCAAAGUCACAAUCGUCACUCGCGAAACAUCAACAACAGUUCAUCCGCCAGACAUCAGCACAGUCCGGACAGAGUACACGCUUGAAGCUUUGACGAAAGCCCUCAACAACCAAGACGCCGUUGUCUGUGUCGUUGGACCAGGCGGCGUCCCACUCCAAAAGACCUUUGUCGAUGCCGCAGAAGCUGCUGGAGUACAACGCUUCAUCAUCGAUGACUUUGGAUGGGGCCCUGAUGCCCGCGGCUUCCCCGAGUUCGACGCCAUCCAUGCAAUCAGACGCGAAGGCUGGGAUUACGCUGCAAAGAAAGCAAAAGACAACAAGAAUUUUACUUGGACUGGGCUCACGACUGGCAAUCCUAUUGAUUGGGCAAUGAAGAAAUUCCCUCUCAUGGGCUUCGACAUCAGCAAACAUGAAGCAAUCAUCUACGACCAAGGAAAAGAGAGAUUCACCGGUACAACUCUCGAAGGCAUCGGCCAAGCCGUAGUGGGGACAUUACAGCACCCGGAAGAAACAGCCAACCGCUUUCUGAAAGUCCAGAGCAUCCAGACAUGUCAAAACGAAUUGCUUGACGCUUUCGAAAGGAUUACGGGAGAGAAGUGGAAGGUAGCAAGGAUGACGAGCAAAGAGUUGAUUGAAAAGGGCAAGGAGGAGAAUAAAGCUUGUGUUGGUGGAUGGGUGUUGAAGCUGGCCGUGUCGCAUCUGUACGAUGUCGGGCAAGGAAGAGGUAUGGUUGCUCCUUCGAGAAAAGAGGCAGAUGCGGAAUUGCUGGGUGUGAAGGAGGAAAGCGCGGAAGACAUCGUUGCGAAACUGCUCGGCUGAGAGAUUGUUCCCUUUCGUAUGCAGGCUUCAAUCCAUCGUUCUAAUCCCGUGCAAUCGCCAUGAAAGCCUUGCGUCCGCGAAACUUCCAGGUCCAGGUAGACUGUAUGUUGAGCCCUCAAAGCUUGCCAGAGAACGGAAGCUUUUGACUUCCAUCUCUCCACGAUCAAAAAUGUUCCACACCAUAAAGACCCAAUUGAUGAGGCUUCAACAUAACAUCCAUACACCUCCUCAACUCAACAUCAUGACUCCUGCCCAAGAACGGAUGAUCAUCCUCCUUACGAUAGCGACACCCCUUGUCAGUCAAGAAUUGCUGACAGAUAGCCGAAACUUGAUGAUCACCAUCACA